CCGCACCAUCGGCAAGGGCAACUUCGCUGUGGUCAAGCGGGCCACGCACCUCGUCACCAAGGCCAAGGUUGCCAUUAAAAUCAUAGAUAAGUCCCAGCUGGAUGACGAAAACUUGAAGAAGAUUUUCCGGGAAGUUCAGAUAAUGAAGAUGCUUUGCCAUCCACAUAUCAUCAGGCUUUACCAGGUCAUGGAGACAGAGCGGAUGAUUUAUCUAGUGACGGAAUAUGCUAGCGGAGGGGAAAUAUUUGACCACCUGGUGGCCCAUGGAAGAAUGGCAGAGAAGGAAGCUCGGCGGAAAUUCAAACAGAUUGUCACAGCUGUAUAUUUUUGUCACUGUCGGAACAUCGUUCAUCGUGAUUUAAAAGCUGAAAAUUUGCUUCUGGAUGCCAAUCUGAAUAUCAAAAUAGCAGACUUUGGCUUCAGCAAUCUCUUCACUCCCGGGCAGCUACUGAAGACAUGGUGUGGCAGCCCUCCCUAUGCCGCACCAGAGCUCUUCGAAGGGAAGGAGUAUGAUGGGCCCAAAGUGGACAUCUGGAGUCUUGGCGUUGUCCUCUAUGUGCUUGUAUGCGGCGCCCUGCCAUUUGAUGGGAGCACACUGCAGAAUCUGCGGGCCCGAGUGCUGAGUGGAAAGUUCCGCAUCCCAUUUUUUAUGUCCACAGAAUGCGAGCACUUGAUCCGCCACAUGCUGGUGUUAGAUCCGAACAAGCGCCUUUCAAUGGAGCAGAUCUGCAGGCACAAGUGGAUGAAGCUGGGGGAUGCGGAUCCCAAUUUUGACAGGUUAAUAGCUGAAUGCCAGCAACUGAAGGAAGAAAGAGAGACAGAUCCCCUCAAUGAUGAUGUCCUCUUGGCCAUGGAAGACAUGGGACUGGACAAGGAGCGGACACUUCAGUCAUUAAGAUCGGAUGCCUAUGAUCACUAUAGUGCAAUCUACAGCCUGUUGUGCGAUCGACACAAGAGACAUAAAACUCUGCGCCUCGGAGCUCUUCCUGGCAUGCCUAGAGCCAUGACAUUUCAAGCACCAGUCAAUAUCCAGACGGAGCAGACAGGAACUGCUAUGAACAUUAGUGUCCCCCAAGUUCAGCUAAUCAACCCAGAGAACCAAAUUAUAGAGCCUGAUGGGACAGUGAACUUGGAUAGCGAUGAGGGUGAAGAGCCUUCUCCUGAAGCCUUGGUUCGUUAUUUGUCAAUGAGAAGGCACACAGUGGGAGUGGCUGACCCACGCACGGAAGUUAUGGACGACCUGCAAAAGCUCCUGCCUGGCUUUCCUGGAGUGAACCCACAGGCUCCAUUCCUGCAGGAGCAGUCUCUAUUACAGCCUCCUACACUACAGCUGCUGAAUGGAAUGGGGCCUCUUGGCCGGAGAGCAUCAGAUGGAGGAGCCAACAUCCAACUGCAUGCCCAGCAGCUGCUGAAGCGCCCACGGGGACCCUCCCCACUUGUCACCAUGACACCAGCAGUGCCAGCAGUUACCCCUGUGGAUGAGGAGAGCUCGGAUGGGGAGCCAGAUCAGGAAGCUGUGCAGAGGUACUUGGCAAAUAGGUCCAAAAGACACACACUGGCCAUGACCAGCCCGACAGCUGAGAUCCCACCGGACCUACAACGGCAGCUAGGACAGCAAUCUUUCCGUUCCCGGGUCUGGCCUCCUCACCUGGUACCUGACCAGCAUCGCUCCACCUACAAGGACUCCAACACUCUGCACCUCCCUACGGAGCGUUUCUCUCCCGUGCGCCGGUUCUCAGAUGGGGCUGCGAGCAUCCAGGCCUUCAAAGCUCACCUGGAAAAAAUGGGUACCAACAGCAGCAUCAAACAGUUACAGCAGGAGUGCGAGCAGCUGCAGAAGAUGUACGGGGGACAGGUUGAUGAGAGAACCCUGGAGAAGACCCAGCAGCAGCAUAUGCUGUACCAGCAGGAGCAGCACCAUCAGAUUCUCCAGCAGCAAAUCCAAGAUUCUAUCUGUCCUCCUCAGCCUUCCCCGCCUCUUCAGGCUGCAUGUGAAAAUCAGCCAGCCCUCCUCACCCAGCUCCAGAGGUUAAGGAUUCAACCUUCAAGCCCACCCCCCAACCACCCCAACAAUCAUCUCUUCAGGCAGCCAAGUAAUAGUCCUCCGCCCGUCAGCAGUGCCAUGAUCCCAUCUCACGGUGCUACAUCUUCCUCCCAGUUUCAAGGCUUACCCUCCCAUGGUGCAAUCUUCCAGCAGCAGCCUGAGAACUGUUCCCCACCUCCCAGUGUGGCACUAACCUGUUUGGGCAUACAGCAGCCUAGCCAGUCACAGCCAGUGACUAUCCAGCUACAGGAGCCAGUUGACAUGCUCAGCAACAUAGCAGGGACGACUGCAGGCUCUGCUGGGCGGGGCAUCACCAUCAACCCCAGUGCUAAUCAGAUUCAGAUGCAGCACCGUAACAACCUAAUGGCUACCUUCAGCUAUGGGCACCGGCCCUUAUCCAAGCAGCUGAGUGCUGACAGCGCAGAGGCCCACAGCUUGAAUAUGAAUCGGUUCUCUACUGCUAACUACGACCAGGCGCAUUUACACCCCCAUCUGUUUUCGGACCAGUCCCGGGGGUCCCCCAGCAGCUACAGCCCUUCAACAGGAGUGGGGUUUCCUCCAACUCAAGCCCUGAAAGUCCCUCCACUUGACCAGUUCCCCACUUUCCCUCCCAGUGCACAUCAGCAGCCACCACACUAUACCACGUCAGCACUACAGCAGGCCCUGCUCUCUCCUACACCGCCAGACUAUACCAGACACCAGCAGGUUCCCCACAUCCUUCAAGGACUGCUCUCGCCCCGGCAUUCGCUCACUGGCCACUCGGACAUUCGGCUGCCUCCAGCAGAGUUUGCACAGCUCAUUAAAAGGCAGCAACAACAUCGGCAGCAGCAGCAGCAGCAGCAGCAACAGCAGGAAUACCAUGAAUUGUUCAGGCACAUGAACCAAGGGGAUGCUGGGAGCCUAGCUCCUAGCAUCGGGGGACAGAGUAUGACAGAGCACCAGGUUUUAUCUUAUCAAACUGCUGACUCGUACCACCAUCACCACCACGCCAGCCCUCAGCAUCUCCUACAGAUCAGGGUGCAGGAAGGUAUCUCACAGGGUCCCUCAGCCACCCCCACCCAUGGGUAUGCCCAUCAGCCGCCACUAAUGCAUUCGGAGAGCAUGGAAGAGGACUGCUUAUGUGAGGGGGCCAAGGCGGGCUUCGCAGACAAGAGCCCAAGCACACUGACCAAAGGUUGCCACGACAGCCCUCUGCUCUUGAGUACCGGUGGACCUGGGGACCCUGAGUCUUUGCUGGGAACUGUGAGUCAGGCCCGGGAGCUGGGGAUACAUCCCUACGGACACCAGCCAGCUGCCACGUUCAGUAGAAAUAAGGUGCCCAGUCGAGAGUCUAUCAUAGGGAACUGCAUGGAUAGAAGUUCUCCAGGACAAGCAAUGGAGCUGCCAGAUCACAACGGGCUUGUGUAUCCAACUCGGCCCUCAGUCAAUGAGCCUCUCAGGUCCCGGACCCUCCAGAGACACCACACGAUCCAGAACAGUGACGAUGCCUAUGUGCAGCUGGAUACCUUGCCAGGAAUGAGCCUGGUGGCAGGAAAGGCACUGAGCUCUGCCCGAAUGUCAGAUGCAGUUCUCAGUCAGUCUUCACUCAUGGGCAGCCAGCAGUUUCAGGAUGGGGAAGACGAAGACUGUGGGACAUCCUGCUCAGCCACAAGCACCCCGAGGUCUCCUUCAGCAUGGAGCAGGCCGGCGUGUAGGAGGAUAUGGAGAGUGUGUGUGCAGCUUGAGGAGGAGGAGGCUGAUCCUAAACCAACAGUGUCCAGCAACGGUGCACCACUUUGCCAUCUGUGUCUCCACCAGAACAGUGCAGCUCCUUUCCCCACCCUGGGCACCAGUAGGCCGCCGCUUGGGUUGUGAGGGACUUUUGCUAUGUUUGCUUGUAUGACCAAGGCACCAAGGAAAUAAACAGGAAAAUCUAUGUUCUCCGCCUUCUGGGAACCGGCAUCUGGUGUACUUGAGUUUCUGGUGUUUGGAGGUUUGCUUGUAUUUUGUUUUGGGAAUUUUCCUUUGGGGAUGAUUUUCUUUUCUUCCUCCCCCACCUCUGCUAGCGUGCUCUCUCUCUCUCUCUCUCUCUCUCUCUCUCUCUCUCUCUCUCUCUUUCUCUCUCUCUCUCUCUCUCUCUCUCUCUCUCUUUCUCUCUCUCUCUCUCUCGGUUUUAUUUUCUCCAUUUCUGAGGCAGAGGAGCCAGCGGUUAGUAUUCAGGGGCUGAACGUCGGGACCCUCCCUUCCGCAGCCUCUCUCCCUCUGCUCCAGUCUGCCAAGAACAAAUGAUAGACCGGAGCUCAAUGGCUAAGAAAGAGAGAGUAAAAGAAAAAAAGAAAUCCAAGCCGGGAAUCUGACACAGUCUCCUUCUGGGAGCUACUAGAACAUUAUCUGGCCCAGCAGAAUUCCAUCAGAACCCAGCAUAGGUUGAGUGGCCCUGCUGCUGAAGGUUCCAACCAGUAUGGCUCAGUGUGGGCCUCUGUGUGUGGCUCAGCUGCCCUCCAGCUACCAUACAACUGGUUCCCCCUCAUGAGUGAACACCCAGCAGUGGUGCACUGUGCUAUUUGUGUGGCCUCCAUUCAUACUCUCGGCUGCGUGGUAAAAAGGACCGUUGGUCCAGUCAUGUGUGCAUAUAUAUGAGUGUGUAUAUAUGCCCUUCCCUUUCAGCCUCUGUCACAGACUAGAAUAGGAGGUUGUAUGGAGUCCCUUAGCUUCCUCCUCUCCCUAGCAUCUUCGGCCCCUACAUUUUAAUUCUUGAUCAUGUAGGAAUUGUUUUUGGUAAAUGUUGAUAUUAUUGUUAUUAUUGUUAUUAUUAAUAAAGACAAAAUAAUUUUUGUUUAAAAGAGAAUUGUUUAACCAGAUUCUGUGCUAUUGAACUGUGGCUUGCGCCUUCUGUUUGAAGCAUUUUCCUUGGUAUUGGCAUUGUGAGCCACUCUCCUCUGUGCCAUGGACGGAUGCAGUGGCCCCCCUCCCCACCUGAAGCAGCGCAUACGCAAUAGCUAGUUUUUAUGUCCUUACCCUUUUCUCUCUGCUGAUAGAAACCAAAGUCUCCUCUGCAGCCUGGGGACUGAGCGAGGUCUUGUUCUCUCCUGGUCCUCAAAACCAGCGAGGAGUAGUCUCUGUUCUGACUCUCAUUUCUGAGAGCCAGGGGUCUCCAGCCUCUGCAUUUGCACAGAAGAAUGCAGUUGCCUAGCAUGGCAUCCAGAUGUUGACAGUAGGGUCCCUACCCAGCUUAUCCUUCUCCACUGACACCAACAGCUUGCUUCUGAGCCCACUGUCCCUUGAGUGGGUUUGUUUUCAAUGCAAGAGCUUUGCUAGGGACCUGUUCCAUGGUCCUGUAUCCUCCAAUCUCCCCUCCACAUCAUGGGGUCAUUAGUUACUCACCAGAAGUCUGACUUCCCAAGAAAGCUUGAAGAACUGUUGUUGGCUUCUAAGUUCAGUCCUACUCUGAUGUCCUGGGCGUGCUGCUGCUCUGAAUGCUCGGCCUGACCUGUUUACAUGGUACUGGAUUGAUGGAAGAGCAGAUGCCACCCUCCAGAGCCACCCAGAAUGAAAGCCAGUGAGCCUAUUAACCGUGCCAUCUUGCAAACUGUUUUCAAGAUCACCAUUGCUUUAUAUUGUAGUAACCAAUAUGCGCAAUAUGUUGAAUGUAUAUGAAUAUACUUUGCUAUUUCUGUUCUUUGAAAAUGUAAGAAGUAUUUUUUCUUUCUCAUUUCUGUUAAACUUAAAAAAAAAAAAAAGGCUUAAAAAAAUCUCCAGAUUCAAGUUGCUGAGACAUUUUGUCCUUGUUUGUGUGGGACAUUUACAACUUAGUAACUUGGUUGGACAGUAGGAGGUUGUGGAAAUAAAAACUUAUUAAGUUCUAA